UGAGGUAUCAUCUUAGACUCUAAAUAAACCAAGAUCCACGGCGGUGGCUGUUGAUCAUCUGUUAAGUUGCUUUUGAUAAAUCCUUAUUCCACCAUGGAAACCCCUUACCCAAUCCCCAUCUCUCCUUCAAAAACUCGCGUGGGAUGGAUCGGCAUAGGUGUGAUGGGCGCCGCCAUGGCCACUCGUCUCCUCGCCGCCGGAUACUCCCUCACAAUCUAUGCUCGUUCCCCUUCCAAGGCUCUUGAUUUACAGUCCAAAGGCGCUUCCCUCGUCAAUUCCCCCUCCGAAUUAGCUCACACCUGCGACGUUGUUUUCACAAUGGUGGGAAACCCAUCAGAUGUUCGACAAAAUGUCUUAGAGAAGAAUGGGCUCCUACAAGGACUAAAUCCUGGUGGGGUCAUCGUUGACACCACCAGCAGCCACCCCGCUCUUGCCCGCGAGAUCUCCGCUGCUGCUCGUGCAAAAGGUUGCUGGGCUGUGGAUGCGCCCGUGUCAGGAGGCGACAUUGGUGCUAGAGAUGGGAAGCUAUCCAUUUUUGGGGGUGGCGAUGCAGAGGUAGUCAAGUGGUUAUCGCCUCUGUUUGAAGCAUUGGGGAAAGUGACAUACGUGGGUGAAGCAGGGUGUGGGCAGAGCUGCAAGAUAGCGAACCAGAUAACGCUUGUGGGAAACAUGAUAGGGGUGAGUGAAGGGCUGGUGUUCGCCGAGCGGGCGGGGUUGGAUGUGAAGCAGUUUGUGGAAGCUGUGAGGGACGGGGCAGGAGGGUCGAUGGCAAUGGAGUUGUUCGGGGGGAGGAUGGUAAAGAGGGACUUCAGGCCUGGUGGGUAUGCUGAGUAUAUGGUGAAGGAUCUGGCAAUGUGUGUGGACGUUGUGGAAGAAGGGGAAGAUGUGGAGAGGAUUGCAGUUCUGCCAGGGGCUGCAUUGGCCAUGCAAUUGUUCUCUGCAAUGGUGGCUAAUGGAGAUGGAAAGAUUGGCUCUCAAGGGAUAAUCUCUGUUAUUCAGAGGCUUAAUGGUAAGUGAGUGAAGCUAUGGGAAAGCCAAGUCUCUGUCUGUUAUGGUCAUCAUCUUUUAUGACCAUUUUAAUGUAUUAAUAAAAAACAGCUUUUAAUGUUGUCACACAAUAUUAUUAAAUUUGAUCAAUUAAUUACUUA